AUGAACGCUCUCGCGACACAUGAGCCCCCGGCUGUGGGUAUACGCCCUUACGCUUCUGACGACGAAAAACAGGUCCGGUUCAUGGUCGGGCAGGCUCUCAUGGAGCCUCUUGCAUUCGCGAAUAAGAGUUCAUACUUUCACCCGCUCACGCUAGCUGUAUGGAUUGCUGUUUCGUCUAUGUUUGCCCAGUACAUGAACUGGUGGCCCAAUCCCGAGCAGUAUGGCUUCAUGGGCUAUUUCGUGGUCCUGCCCGCGUUCUUUGCGCCUGCGGUUCCCAUUCUUGCUCUCACAGACUGGUUGAACCGUCCCUCGAUCGAAGAGAACACCGAGAAAACACUCCGCCGACCUGAUCUGUACAAAAUUGACCAAUACUACACCCGCUCCCCUUCGUCGGGCCUGUACCUCCUCACUAUAUCCGACAAAAUAAUCGGCCUUAUUGCUCUCGACGCCUCGAAGUCAUCCACCUCCGAAUCUUCCAUCGCUCCUGCCUCCGCCGCUCCAUCCGCCACAGAACGCAAACAGAUGCUCGAGUCGAAGGGUACGGCGACCAUCGCUACAAUCAGGCACAUUUUUGUGGAGGAGCCGUAUCGGCCCGCGAAGCCUGAGGACGACUUGUUAAAGCUUGCCGUCAGGAGGGCCUUUGAAGGGGAUAAGACAGUGGAUCGCGUGAGGGCUCUCGGAGGCAGAUUGAGGCCAACGGUGGAGGAGAGUCUGAGGAGGAACGGAUUUGUCCCCGGCGAGAAGGAGGGGACAUUGGGAUUCUUCAAAUGGGAAACUAGGUGGUACACUCUUACGAGGGAGGCUUGGGAAGCUAAGGAGAAGACGUAGACUAAUGGGACGUCUUAAUCACCUUGAGACUGAGAGAUGAUGGAAAUCGGAAUUGUGUGAAUAUCACCCUACGUACUGUAUACUUCAAUGUAUCGGCCA